AUGAGCAGCAUUGCGGAAAACUGGAAGCUUUUGAGCGGCGAGAAGAACUGGGAGGGUCUGCUGGAGCCACUGGACCUCAAUCUCCGGCGGUACCUCAUCCACUACGGCGAGAGGGCCGGAGCCACCACCGACAACUUCAUCGCCGACGAGAAGUCCAAGAACUGCGGGCUUCCCCGCUUCGCAAAAAGACACUUGUUCUCGCAAGUGGGGUUGGAGAAUGGGAACCCCUUCAGCUACAAAGUGACGAGGUAUUUAUACGCCACCUCUGAAGUCUCUGUGGCCGGAAACUCAAACUGCAUGGGGUACGUGGCCGUUAGCACGGACUUGGGGAGCGCGGUUUUGGGGAGGAGGGACAUUAUGGUGGCUUGGAGGGGAACCAUGAGGCAUGUGGAGUGGGUCAUCAACGCAAUGGCGGUCUUGGUCUCGGGUUCCAAAAUAUUGGGGAGCCCUAAUGGUGUGGAUCCUUUGGUGCACUUGGGUUGGUACUCCUUGUACACUACUGCUGAGGAAGGCUCCACGCUCAAUUCUAUGAGCUGUAGAGACCAGGUGCUAGAGGAGGUAAGGAAACUGGUAGACACAUAUAAAGAUGAGGAAAUUAGCAUCACUAUCACAGGUCACAGCCUUGGUGCAGCACUUGCAACUCUGAAUGCAGCGGACAUCGUGGCCAAUGGAUUUAACAGACCCACUAGUCAUCCAGAAAAGGCAUGUCUGGUGACGGCAUUUGCAUUUGCCAGCCCCCGCGUUGGCAAUAAAGACUUCCGAACAUUGGUCUCUGAUCUUGGGGUCUAUCUCCAUGUGCUUCGCAUCACAAACCUCUUGGAUCCAGUUCCCAAGCUUCCACCAUCAAUCCCGUUUUUUAAAUAUGUGGAUGUGGGAGAGGAGCUGGUGGUGGACGCCACCAAGUCCCCCUACCGGAGGGAGAACUCGGUGCAAUAUCAUGGUCUGGAACUGUACUUGCAUGCGAUUGCUGGCACGCACGGGCCUCAGGGGCAAGGGAAGUUUAAGCUAGAAGUGAAACGUGAUAUUGCGCUCUUGAACAAGUACUCAAGUGACCUCAAGGAAGAGUAUCUUGUGAUUUCAAGCUGGUGGGUGGCCAAGAACACGUCUAUGGUGCAGAAGGAUGACGGGUUUUGGGUUUUGAUGGAUCAUGAGAGGGAUGAGGAUGGAUUCUUUUGA